UUGCCUUUGGUUACCAUGCCAACAGGGACGAAAACAAACAGCCAGGAAAGUUUGAAAAUUUGCAGUGAAAGUGCAACGAUAGUUUCGUGAAAUUCAAUUCCAAAAUUUCAAGUGCUGUGAUGAUAAAUAAUUGAUGUAUUUAGCAAAGUUAUCAUAAAAUCAUGAAGAAAGCUUCGACCCAACUAACCAAAAAACCCAAUUUGAUCAAAAGACUUCCAUCAACCACACUGAAAACAGAUGACAACCAAGAUACGAAAAAGAAACAAACAGAUUUGAUGACAAAGCCAAUUCCACAAACUGUAGCAAAAAAAACAACCCCUCAGUCAUCUCAACCAGUUAGCACGAGAAGAACUGAAUUAAAACCAAAAACUGAUACCGUCAAACAACGUGUGAUAACAAACACCAAAGCGAGCCUCACACAGCUCAAAAAACAAUCCUUAGCCCCAUCAACAACCAGAAAUGUAUCCCAACCAAAAAAGCCGAUAGCUGGAAAUUUCAACGUAACCGUUAAUUCUCCACCGAGUACUCGAAAGCCAACAGCUGAGAUAUCGAAGGUGUCAACGUCGCGAGAUCGAACGAGAACUAGAACGUUGAAACCGGAAGAAGUUACGGCGUUGAAGCAGAUACCUCACAUUUCCAAUGAAGUCGGCAAAGAGAAGCCAAAAACGCCGAUCUCAUUUGAUAUUCAUUUCGAGAGCAGCAAACCCAGUUCAUCAUCAAGUGCCAAUACGAAAACCGUCAACAACGUGGCUGCUACUGGAAACGAAGACGAUGAUCAGUACGAGUCGGAGUUUGAGUCAUAUGAAUCCGAUUUCGAAUCUGGAUCAUCGAAGAAAUCGAUCUCUUCUUCUGCAUCUACGCGAAGUUCUUGUUCAUCAGAGUCCUCGUCGUCUACUAGUUCGGACUCAUCAUCAAGUUCUGAUGAAGAGCAUGGGAAAUCACAAACGAACAUUGAACAGAAGCUGGAUUCUGGAAACUACGACAUGAAAAUGAAGCGGCUACUGACGGUCAAUGAGAAUGGCAACUCGUUCAUGACCGAACCAAAACUAGAAGACAAUCAACCAGAUUCUGGUAUGAAUAGCGGGAUGUUUGAAAACCACUCUGCGUCUAGUAGUACGAAAAUUCUGCAGAAACGUUACGCUGACAUAUUGGAAAAAAUAUCAUUCAACACGAUGAUAUUCGAGCUAUACGAAGAUCAACCGGCGCCGUAUGAAUACUUCGUGAAGAACUAUGGUAGGCCAAAGGAUGUCCAAAACUACACACAAACAGAAACGGACACCCACUCCAGUGAAGUACAAACAGACAAUAUUCAUCUUAAGUCAGCGUGGAUUCAGCAUCCUCCUCAGUUUUCACUGGUCUGUUUGAAUAAUAUGAAUGCUGACCCCGAAGCAUUUAUGAAGGAAAAAUUAGGAGUUUCUCAAGAAAAUUUCAACUUUGAGAAUUCCAUAGUUCAACAGAACGAUAAAUUUUCGGAUUUUCUGGAUAACCUUGAGUCAAACAAGCUGCCUAAUAUUUGCAAAACUCAGCUAACUAACACAUUGAACUACAAGUUAGAUGGUCUUCGAUCAUUCCUGAACCGGUCCCUGCAUGCUGUUGAAGCAGUUCUGGUUCGGAAUACUGAAAACUGUGAUAAAUCUGUGACUAAAAUAUUAGAUCUUAACCUUCAAACCACGCCAUUUAACAGUACGGUAACGUCUGCGUACUACGACAGCAAAUCCCGCCACGUUCUUCUCACGUUGCAUGAAUGUGACGUGGAAAAAUCCUUUCAUAGGUAUGUGAUCAGCGUGUGGGAUACUCGAAACUGCAUCCGCCCUAAAGUGAUCCUCUCAUGCUGGAGCAUUGUGACCUGUACCGAGCUAAUCGGUCCCAUUAUUUUAGGAGGAACAACCGACGGAACGUUAUGCCUUUGGGAUAUGGAGAAUAAUAAUGAGGAACUGGCGGCGCCGCUUCAACUGAUUGCCUGUAAUCAAUCGAGCGAUGAUGCUGGAAAUUGUCACUACGGAAGCAUUGUAGCGGUUCGUUCAUCAAAUCAAACUACCGGUUGCACUAGUAUGGCGACAUAUCAGGUUAUCACACUUUUCGAAGCAGGGAUACUGAUCACGUGGUCAAUAUCACGAGCAUUGCACGCAAUAAACUCCGAUAAUAAUUGUGAUCUCAACACCAUAUUUCACCAUUGCAAGUUCCACCUUAUUCAGCAAAGCGUAAUGAACUUGCGCUCAAUGAUCCAUCGAACUAUAAUGCCUUCAAACGAACCUGAUUCUAGAGGAGCUAGUUUCUUGAAAGGAAGCCUAGAGGAUUUACUCAACUCAAAAAAUAAUACAAAUGACGAAUGCAGAGGAUUCGAUGUAUGGUCAAACAGCGAUAUGCAGAUUUCUAACAAUAAAGCGUUUGUUUUACUGGACCGAAAAAUUAUGGUGGUCAAUUACUUGGAGCAAAAGUGUACACUUGUAAUGAAGAAUCAAGAACGAACAUUGAGCCUAACAGAACACCCUGUUGUGAAAGGAUUUAUGUUCACUAUAUCGUCAGAUAACAUGAUCAAUGUUUUGAAAAUACAUAAAAGUGUCGGAUCUUUAUCAUCCCUGGGCUCAUCCUCUGACCGCAGUGCAAAUCAGCAAUGUACACCGUCAAGCAUGAAGCAAAGUCCUAUUCUAAACAACAAGUCCUGUGCCAUUCAGAAUAUCGUUAAAAAUGAGCGCAAGUUAUACCACGAAGCUAGUAGUCACGCAGAUAGCCUACCCCGAUCACUAAGCAGCCAUUUGAGCGAGAAUCAACACAUUACCUAUCAUUCGGAUCAAAGGAGCUCACACCAAAUUCCCUUAUAUCACAAUCAACGAUUUUUCCUGAAACAGCUCGAUCAAAGGAAGCCUUGGUUACACUUCCUGAGCCGAGGACGAGUCCUUUGUAUUAGCAUCGAAGGCAAUGCGAGAUUCAUUGACCUAAAAACCGGUCAAGAAAGCUAUUUGAGCGAUUACAUCGGUACAGUCGAUGCCGGCAAACGCAGACUGCUCGGAACGACAGACAAACAAAUGAUAAUGACAAAGGAUAGACAAGGUGUGUAUCUGCACGACAUAUCAAGCAGUUUCAAAAGCACGUAGGAGUGUUUCAAUAAAACAAUUUUAAGUUUGGCAUAAUGAA